AUGACUGGAAUUUCCACCAACUUGAUCCACGGAGGCGACAAAUACGCCCGAGUUCAUGACGUGGCUCCUCCAAUCAACAUUCUGACAACGUUUUCUUAUCCACUGGACUCUUCAAAGCUCGUUAAGGCUUCUGAUGCAGGUGAUUUCAACGUAGAUGAAAUUGUUUACUCCAGAUUAUCUCAUCCUAAUGGCCUUAUGGCGGAGGCUGCUAUUUCAACCUUAACUGGUGGUAAUGUUGUCCUUUAUGCUUCUGGACUUGCGGCCUUUUUGGCAUUGAUUACCCAUGUAAAUCCCAAACGGUUGGCCAUUGGAAAAGCUUAUCAUGGAGUUCAUGGAAUCUCUAAAAUCUGGGAAAGAAAUCAUGGGUUGGAGAUUUUGGAUUUAUAUGACUCUGCCUCCAUUGAUAAAUUGCAACCUGGUGAUUUGGUUCAUUUGGAAACUCCUUUAAAUCCAACUGGAGAGCAUUAUGAUAUUCAAUACUAUACUGAUUUGGCUCACUCUAAAGGUGCCGUCAUUCUGAUCGACUCGACCUUCAGCCCUCCACCAUUACAAGACCCUUUCGUUUUUGGUGUAGACUUUGUGAUGCACAGUGCAACCAAAUACUUUGGUGGUCACAGUGAUUUGCUUGCUGGUAUGUUGAUCACCAAAGAUACUAAUGUUUAUCAAAAAUUAGUAGAAGAUAGAGUCUAUUUGGGAAGCAAUAUAGCAAAUUUGGAAUCUUCUCUUUUGCUUCGGUCCUUGAAGACUUUUGAGUUGAGAGUAUUGAAACAAAGUGAAAAUGCUUCCAAAAUAGUUGCCUUCUUGGAUUCCAACCGCGAUAAGUUCAAGGUAUUGAUCAAGAUUUACCAUGGAUCUUUACAAAAGGAACCAUUUGUAACCAAACAAGCCAUAAAUGGCUACCAUUCUCCUGUGUUUUCCAUUGACUUGAAGGAUGAAGAGACCGCAAAACUGUUUCCAUCCAAGUUGAAAUAUUUCCACCAUGCCACAUCGCUUGGUGGAGUUGAAAGUUUGAUUGAAUGGCGUGCAUUGAGUGAUGAACAUGCUGCUCCUACUUUAUUACGUGUGAGUGUGGGUGUUGAGAAUGUUGACGAUUUAAUUGCUGAUAUUGAACAGGCCUUGUUGGCGGCUGAAGUUGAGACGAUUAAUGGCAAGUUGAACCUGGUCGGUGUUUAG